UGAGUAUUCGUCUUCGACACGUUCUUUGACGUCCGUGCAUUUGUAGCAACAUGGCGUCGACGAAACUACCCUCCGUCCUCAGCGCAACAGAAGACGAGAUCCAACUUCUCUUAGCCGCACAAUGCCACAUCGGCUCAAAAAACUGUGACAAGCACAUGGAACCAUACGUCUGGAAACGAAGGCCUGACGGGAUUCACAUCAUCAACAUCGGGAAGACUUGGGAGAAAAUUGUAUUCGCGGCGCGUAUCAUUGCUGCUGUAGAGAACCCACAUGAUGUUUGUGUCGUUUCUGCGAGGCCUUAUGGACAACGUGCUGUUUUGAAGUUCGCAGCGGCUACGGGUGCGCAGGCUAUUGCUGGACGGUUCACACCUGGGAAUUUUACGAAUUAUAUUACGAGGUCGUUUAAAGAGCCGAGGUUGCUUGUUGUGACUGACCCUCGCGUUGACGCUCAAGCAAUUCGGGAAGCGGCGUAUGUUAACAUUCCGGUCAUCGCUCUCUGCGAUACCGAUGCGCCUUUGCAAUUCAUCGACGUAGCUAUCCCGACGAAUAACAAGGCCCGUCAUGCUGUUGGUCUAAUUUGGUGGCUUCUCUGCCGAGAGGUCCUACGCCUUCGCGGGACUGUCCCGCGUACGAAGGACGGAUGGGAUGUGAUGGUUGAUAUGUUCUUCUAUCGUGACCCUGAGGAAGUUGAGAAACAACAACAGGAGGAAGCGCAGAAUAAGGCGAAUGCUGCUGGUGAGCAGGAGGCUGGAGCUGCGAAUGCGGAGUGGGAUAAUACAGCUGCUCCUGCUGCUGGAGCUAUUAACCCUGCUGUUCUGGAAUCUGGUAACCUCGAUUGGUCAGCCGAGCCUGCGCCGGGUGGAGGAGAUUGGGCUGCGGAACCGGCAGGUACAGGUGGAUGGGGCGCUGAUGCGAACCCAACGUCGAGUGGUUGGGACUGAGUGGAUAGUAUCACGUUUAUCUCUCUAGUCACUCGUGCCCUACCCUACAUGUCAUAUCAUAUCAAAAUGUUCAUGCGCUCCUUCGCAUAUCCACUUCGCGAUCUUGUAUGUUGUUCUAUGAUCAGCAAUGUAUGUAUGGUAUCGACACAUCCGAUGCGAAUUUACGUUUUUAUUUCACUUUUCUCUUUGUCCCUGGACGGAUUGUCUUGUGACCCAA